GGAAGGCUUGUGAGUUGUGUUGAAAUUUGAAAAAAUAGAAACAUUUUGUAAAUAAAGUGCACGUGUUGGAAAUAUUUAGUUUAACAUCAAAUUAAAACCAUUUCUAGCCAUGCCUAAACCCGUGAAAGAGGAGAAACCACGGGUCUUAAUGGAGGAGUUCAGAGUCAAAAAUGCCCCCGACGAUUUCGGUAUGGCAGACGAGAAGUGGAAUUUCAAGAAGUUUGCUAAGAAAUUUCGUAUAAAUAUCAUUCGUAUGGAUAACUUGGAGAUGGAGUUUGAUUUGAUCGGUAUACAACCUGCCUUCGCCAAUGCAUUUCGGAGGUUGAUGCUGAGCGAGGUCCCCAGCAUGGCCAUCGAGAAGGUUAUGAUAAAGAAUAACACUUCUAUCAUCCAAGAUGAAGUACUCGCUCAUAGAUUGGGACUCAUACCACUAAAAGCCGACCCUCGUCUAUUUGAAUAUCGUCCUGAAGAUGCUACAGAAGGAACUGAAUUCGACACACUGGAGUAUUCUUUGAAAGUUAAAUGUGUUAAUAAUAAAACACAACCUAAAGACUCAUUCAGAACAGAAGAUUUGUAUGAGAAUCACAGUGUUUACUCCUCACAAAUAAAAUGGCACCCCAUUGGGAACCAAGCCUCAGUUCACAAGGAAGCUGACGUUGGACCGGUGCAUGGUGAUAUUCUUAUAUCCAAAAUGAGGCCUGGUCACGAAUUAGACUUGCAUCUUGUUGCCGUCAAAGGUAUAGGAAAAGACCAUGCAAAGUUUUCGCCAGUUGCAACUGCAUCCUACAGAUUGCUGCCAGAUAUACAGUUGACACGAAAAAUUGAUGGAGGUGAUGCUACAUUGCUUCAAAGCUGUUUCUCACCGGGAGUAAUAGGAAUUGACUCUGAGGGACGAGCCUUUGUUAGAGAUGCCAGAUAUGACAUUUGCAGUAGAAAUGUUUAUAGAUAUGAAAGCAUCAAAGAUGCAGUUGUGUUGAGCAGGAUAAGAGAUCACUUUAUUUUUAAUGUGGAAUCUGUGGGAGCUAUGCCAGCAAGUGUGAUAUUUGUUGAAGCUGUUAAGGUUCUUAGAAAUAAGUGUAAAUCAUUACUAGACGAACUAAAUGAACUUUGAAAAGCAAAUUAAAUAAUUAGGCAAUGCCCUUUUAA